AUUUGGCGCGCUUGCGCUCCGCAAUGUGGGCAAAAGGUUGUAGUGAAAGUGGAGAAAAGGAUUUUUCACGCGAGGAAAAGCAAUAAAAGUGGUGUGAAGCAAUGGCAGAGGGUACGUAUGAGUACGAGUGCAUGAGGGCGGAGCUGUUGGGCGUUGAUCCACCAGACAGGGAGACGUUUGAGGCCAACAGGAAGGCGCAAUUGGAGGCGGAACAGGAAGCAAUUGCCAGUGAACAAGCACAAGAACUGGACUUUCAGGAUGAACAGAUCAAAGGUGGCCAUGGGAAGAUGGACGAGUUGAAUAGCAUUCUGUCGAUGACACAGCAAAAGAUUAACAAAUUCAAGACUGUUUGCGGAAGUCUCACGAAUCUGCUGAAGAUUCGCCCAGGAUCGGCGGCCGGAGAGGCUUCGGGCGAAGCCACUGGGGAGACAUCUCAAGGUGACAUCAACGACGCCCUCGACACUCUGGACACGAUGAGGGACAACGCAGCAAAGACAGACACUCAGGAGAUUCGCGAGACGUCUCUCAAUAUCCAGCAGAAGAUGACCUCGCAAUUUGGCGCCCUGGAUUCGCUGCUGAACAAGGCCGAAACUGCCCAACUGUCGAUGGAGCAGCAGAACAAGGAGAUGAAAAAAUUCCUGCGCUAACAACGAAAAAUCUGCUUCGCGUCUUUGACGGAUUCUUCUCAAUCUAUCCAGGUGAUAAAAGGGAUAAUCAAGGGUGUUUAUUUUACGUGGCAUUUUUGCUUUAUUCCGUCUUGUACAGAAAGAAAUAAGAAAAAAAAGAAUCUCGUGUGUAUUUUUGCGCUUCCAUUUGAAUUCUCUUCUUAUGCACUAUAUUGUGAAAUUGUUGAGGCGCUAUUAAAGAAUCUCAUGAUAUUUCCUUGUUAACGUUUCAAAUGUAAAUUUAUCGUAAUAAUAAACUGGCUAAAGAACAGAAAAAUUGUGUU